GGAUCCUGCUGUGUGAUUCCCGCCAAUUUUUGCGGUACUACGACAGACAGUGAGUCGCGCCAUCCAUGGAGACGUUUGACUCUGCCGAGCUGCCCGAACUGCUUAAGCUUUAUUACCGGAGGCUUUUUCCCUACGCCCAGUACUACCGUUGGCUCAACUAUGGCGGAGUAAUAAAGAAUUACUUUCAACACCGUGAAUUUUCAUUCACAUUGAAAGAUGAUAUUUACAUUCGCUACCAAUCCUUCAACAACCAGAGUGAGCUGGAAAAGGAGAUGCAGAAAAUGAAUCCAUACAAGAUUGAUAUAGGCGCGGUAUAUUCCCACAGACCCAAUCAGCACAAUACAGUGAAGCUGGGAGCUUUCCAGGCUCAAGAAAAAGAACUGGUGUUUGACAUUGAUAUGACAGACUAUGACGAUGUGAGGAGAUGUUGUAGUUCUGCAGACAUAUGUUCUAAGUGCUGGACCCUCAUGACGAUGGCCAUACGCAUAAUCGACCGAGCACUGAAGGAGGACUUUGGAUUUAAGCAUCGUCUCUGGGUAUAUUCUGGAAGGAGAGGUGUUCAUUGUUGGGUCUGUGAUGAAUCGGUUAGAAAAUUGUCCUCUGCAGUACGUUCUGGGAUAGUUGAGUAUUUGAGUCUUGUAAAGGGUGGUCAAGAUGUUAAAAAGAAAGUCCAUCUAAGUGAAAAAAUUCACCCUUUUGUCAGCAAAUCUAUAAACAUAAUAAAAAAAUUCUUCCAAGAAUAUGCCUUAGUUGAUCAAGAUAUUCUUGAAAAUAAAGAAAGCUGGGAUAAGAUUUUAGCCCUUGUUCCUGAAACAAUUCAUGAGACACUUCAGCAAAACUUCCCAAAGUAUCACAAUUCACUUCAGCGUUGGGAAUAUUUGACGAAAGCCAUCAGCUUGCAGGAUAGUACCAAAAAUGACAAAUGUGGACCCUGGCUGGAAUGGGAGAUCAUGCUCCAGUACUGUUUCCCGCGGCUGGACAUCAAUGUUAGCAAAGGAAUCAAUCAUUUACUGAAGAGCCCCUUUAGUGUUCAUCCUAAAACAGGUCGUAUUUCUGUGCCUAUUGAUGUACAGAAAGUGGAACAGUUUGAUCCAUUUACUGUUCCAACCAUAAGCUCUCUCUGCCGUGAAUUGGAUGCCAUUUCCAUUAAUGAUGAGGGAAAGGAAGGAAAUGAAGCCGAAUCUGAUAUCAAACGUAGAACCAGAGAUUAUAAGAAGACCAGUCUAGCUCCUUAUAUAAAAGUUUUUGAACAAUUUCUUGAAAACCUGGAUAAAUCCCGAAAAGGAGAACUUCUCAAGAAGAGUGAUUUACAGAAAGACUUCUGAAGAUAACAACUCUCCUCAAACCAAUGUAGAUAUCUUCUAGCUUCAAGAAUCAAAUACUUCAGGCACCUGGGUAGCUUAGUCGGCUGGGUGUCUGCGUUUGGCUA